CCUAAACAGAGUUCUUCUCACUCUUAAAUCUCUUAAUCUCUGUCAUUUCUGACUUCUUAAUCUUUUCCUCUGAUUUCGUUUCCCCAUUGGGUUUUUGGAUCAAACCCAGACUUAGUUUUUGUAUUCAACGGAGAAGAAAUCAGAGUUUGACAAACAAGAAUGACAAAACAGAAAGUAAUGGUUGCAGAAGCGAAAACCGGAAUGGAUAUGGCGAUGACGGUUGUGCCAAAGGCGUUGUUCACGGCGGAGAUGAAGAAACCGCCGUUGAUGCCUGGAGGCUAUAUCACGAUAUCGAAGAAGAAACUGCUACAGAACCUGGAAAUCAACGGUGAGAAGAGGAUUAACGCGUGGGUGGAAUCUAUGAGAGCUUCUUCUCCGACGUCUCAUCGGAAAUCCGAUGUAUCUCUCUCGCAGGAAUUAACCUCAUGGAUGGAUCGACAUCCUUCUGCCUUGAACGUGUUCGACGAAAUUACUAACGCUUCAAAAGGAAAACAAAUAGUGAUGUUUCUCGAUUACGAUGGCACACUCUCCCCAAUCGUCGAUGACCCCGAUCAGGCUUACAUGUCGGAUGCGAUGCGAACAACAGUCAGAAAACUCGCUGGAUGCUUCCCCACUGCCAUUGUUAGUGGAAGAUGCAGGGAUAAAGUGUACAACUUUGUCAAAUUAGCAGAGCUUUACUACGCCGGAAGCCAUGGAAUGGACAUUAAAGGCCCUUCGAAAGGCUCCAAGUAUAAGAAAAAUCCCCCGAGUGUUCUCUGUCAACCCGCUAGUGAAUUUCUACCCAUGAUAGAUGAGAAAUGGAGCGAGCUUGCUGCGCAAGUGAGAUCAGUGUUGAAAGACUACCCAAAGCUUCGGUUAUCUCAAGGAAGGAAGGUGCUAGAGAUCCGUCCCACUAUUAAAUGGGACAAAGGCAAAGCCCUCGAGUUUUUGUUAGAGUCACUGGGUUAUGCCAACUGUACAGAUGUCUUUCCUAUUUACAUUGGAGACGAUCGAACGGACGAAGACGCAUUCAAGGUAUUGAGAGAAAGAGGACAAGGUUUUGGCAUUCUGGUGUCCAAAAUUCCAAAGGACACAAAUGCAUCUUAUUCUUUGCAGGAACCAUCCGAGGUGAUGGAUUUUUUACAACGUUUAGUUGAAUGGAAAAGGCAUCAACAGAGCCGAAGGUUUUGA